AUGGCGAAGAAGCAGAGCAAAAAGAUAAAGAGAAAAGAAGAGGAAACUAACCCAAACCCAGGAAAUGGAUUCGCAAAUCAACUAUCCCACAGCCCAUCAACCCCCAAAUCAUUGCUACCAGUCCAGCAAUCCAGAACAUUUCUUGCAAAACUUUCCCGCAAGUUCCCGGCUAGCACACAGUCAACACGACCACCUAUCUCCCCAGUAGAAGCUGGGGCACCGUCCUCCACCCAAACACAAACUGCGCCAUUACAACUCACCAAUCUCCCUUACUUCGUCAGACGCACACCAUCCAAUAAAUUACCCGUAUAUCUGGAGACGAAGGCUGGAGGAACGAAACGAUUGACAAAAAUCCAAAAGACGGAGGGUGACCUGGAAGCGCUCAAGUCAGAUCUUGCCAAAGCUCUCAACCUGGAGACUGGAUCAAAGAAGCCGGAAGUUACAAUCAAUUCGACGACUGGCCAUAUAAUUGUCAAGGGCUGGCGCAAAGAUGAGAUUCAAAAGUUCCUCAUCGAACGAAAUUUCUAA